AUGGUGUAUGGUAAUAACGCGAGACCGAAAGCUAAUUUCAUGCUAUGGCUUGCUUGCCAUGGGAGAUUAGCAACGAAAGAUAGGUUGCAUAAGUACGGUAUGAUUGAAGAUACCGAGUGUUGCUUCUGCGAGAAAAAUGAAUCUUUAAACCAUCUAUUUUUUGAAUGUGAACGUUUAAAGAGCGUAUGGAUAGAGAUCCUAAGAUGGGCACAAAUUAACCAUACCCCUGGAAAUUGGCAUAGCGAAAUGAAAUGGCUUAUUCAACAUACCAAAGGUAAAGGAGUCCGAGUUGCGGUCAUAAAAAUGGCGAUUUCUGAGACCAUCUAUGAGAUAUGGCAGGCUAGGAAUAAUAGUAUAUUUGGAGAAAAGCCGGAGAUCACUAUUAUAGGAAGAAAAGUAAUAGAAACUUUGGUGUAUAGAGGAUGGAACACUAAAAAACUAAGGAAGUAUAUAGUUAUCUUAAUGUUGGAGGGGGAUAAAUAG